GCGAUUUGUCCCCACGCAGGCGGGCUGGGAGCAGCGGGGCAUGUGGGACGCGGGAGAGUGGAUGAGGAUGGUGAUGAGGAUGAUGAUGAUGAGGGUCUCCGUGCAGUGACAGCCCCGCGGAGGGACGCGGCUUCAGCACCUUCUGUUUAGAACGCUUCGCCCACGCUGACCUGGACCAUGAGCAAUGAUUCGCCCGCUCUGACAAGUCUGACGGAGAACUCAACAGAUGUGCCUCUGUCGGCGGGCCAGGUGGAAAAUUAUGUGCUGCUCUUGGUGCUGCUGAGUGUUUUCGCCGGGGGGACACUGCUACUGCUCUCCCUGCUGCUGCUCUUCUGCCACCGCUGUUGCAUGGGUGGGCGGCGCUACUCCAGAGCGAGUGAUGACCCUGAGAAGACAAACACCACGUACGUCGACGAUUCUCAGCCCACCCAAGAGAUCACCAUCCGAUUGGAUGAAACGGACGCUCUCUCCGCUUCGAGCUGCCACGACGGGGAGUCGGAGAGGUUUGUUUCCACCGGGCUGACGGGCCGCAGAGUCUCCUUCAACGAAUCGGCUCUGUACGAACAAGAGAAGAUGACAGAGGACAAAGGACGCAGAUACACUCUGACCGAGGGGGAUUUUCACCACCUGAAAAAAGCGCGUCUGACUCACCUCCACAUGCCGCCGGCCCCGUGCGACCUCAAGAUCCUCACCAUCAUGGAAUGUGAUUCGACUGAGAGCAGUUCCGUCAACAUUAGUGAGGCGCCGACUCCCAAACUUCCCCUCACCGUCUACCAGCCGACUGACAGAAGAGUUUCCGACUGGUUGGGUCAAAGCCUGAGCGGAGGUCUGCCCGGAGACACGCAUCACUCCAUCGUCCUGGACCAGAUUCCUAGACGGGGGUCUCUGACCUUGGAGGCUCUCGGGGGCAGGGUAGAGGCCCCGAGUGAACACGCCAUGCGGGGAGAGACCACCCGUGUUCCUGGCCAGACUUCAGUUUUACAGUUCUUGUCAAAACUGCGGCGCCACACCAGCCUGGAGGGAGCCGGGCCAUAUUUCAAGCGAUGGAAAUUUGACCGGAGCCACCGGGCCGCCAGUCUCGAUGCUAAAGGAUCCCCAAAGAGAAGACCCUUCCAGAGGCAGAGAGCUGCAAGUGAAACCACCGAUCAUACCGAGGAUGACUCUUCUCUCCGAAAUGAUGCAACUGGGUCUUUCCCGCAAACUCCAAGUCAAACCAGUGGCCUCCAAUCUCUAUCCGCUGAGUCUCUGUCUCAACCGUCCAUGGGUCACAACACCUCAGUUUUUAUCCACAGGCUAAAUCUGGAGGCCGUGGUUGUGGAGGUCAGUGGUCACAGCAGCAGGACAGAAGAACCACGAACAGACGAUUGCUCCAAACAGACACAAAAGAGAAUUCCAGGCAACGAAUCAGGAGUGGAGGAACGAUUAAAACCAGAUGCAGUUACAAGGACAGACAAUGGCAGAGUUGACGCCGAACCUCGAGAGGACGACGACUUGUUCGAGCCACCGCAGGAAACAAAAGUCAGUCAAUUUGAAGACUCACCCAGGAGAACUCCAGACAACGCAACAUCGGAUCUUCAGCAAAAUGAUGGGAGGGAAGUCGAUGAGGGUGAAGAAGCGCUUUUAGAAAUUGAGAGUAGACCGAGAGCAGAUUCAGGUUCUUCGCUUUCAUUUGGGCUUCGGCAGGAGAACUUGGAGGCUCAGCCAUCUCUCUACAGAGACAUCUGGAGUUUGCGAGCCUCCUUGGAGCAAUACGCCUCCUCAGACCAGAGCAGCACGGACCGGGAGUCCAUCCGUAGCGAUGCGGAAAGCGUCUCGUCACUUGGCUGUGCGGGAACCCGUCCUGGGUUGUCCCAAGACCUGGACGAUGAACCUGAAGGAGAAGGAGAGGUGAUGGACGGAGGCAUUAGAGGCGCAUCGGCCGGGGCCGGCGAGAUGGGAAGCGGGGUCGACGGAGAAGGGGAGGUGGGUAACCGCAAGCUCCUUCAGAUGGAUAGCGGCUACGCCUCGAUUGAAACGCCAUCCAAGGGGCCUGAGGAGAUGCGCAUUUUUGGGAUUCCCGCAGCCCCUCGAGGGAAGACUGCCUCAGAGAGGAGGUUGUUCUUCACAAGCUCAGGGAGAAAAGGUUCCGUGUGCGAGAGUACCGACACCAGAUUUUUCCAGGAGGAGCUGGAAGAGGAUUUAACUGAAAGCGCAGAGGAGAAACACAAGGGUGGUCUCACGCUCCAAGAACCAUAUCCACUCGUCAAACCAAUUCAUCCUCAGAAACAAGAACCCAUGUCCCACAUCUCAUCUCAGCUCUUGAAGCAGACCCCUCAGCCCCCCAGUCUUCAUCGACCUCGCCUGCACUGCCGCGACUACAGCAUUGACGAGAAGACGGAUGCGCUUUUCAACGAGUUCCUCCGACACGACCCGAGGUUCGACCAGCCGGAUUCGCCAUUUCGAACCAGGCAUCGAUCGAGAGUGCACCUGCGGAAGCAGUGGCAGAGACAUAAGCAAUACAGCGACCCCGGUUCAGGGGCUGGCGGACGCUACUCGCCGUCUCUGGAGAGGCAGAGGUUCACUCCGCUGCCGAGGGGUGACAGUGCCGGUUACCCUCUGGACACCAGGUACCACAGCACACUGUCGCGCAUCGCGAGCGCGGCAGACGAAGAAGCCAGUGAGAUCGCGGCCUGCGAGGAGGCUGCCAAAGAGAGCACAGAGGACGCGUCGAGCGACGGAGGCGCCUCGGAAAUUACAACCAACGUGACCGUCGGCGGCCAGGAGGACAGUCGGCAAACUCCUUGCGAUACAAAAAGCACAAGCGGUCAGCAGCCCGCCGCCGGGCCUGCACGCUGCAUGGACCCUCAAGUUGACAACAGGAACAACAACAGCAGCCCAUCCAGCAGCCUGACGGACAAACUGGCGGCGGCGGUGGAAGAGAGGCUCUACGGCGGCCUGCGCCGAGCCCAGCUCAGCCAGGGAGGAACUGAGAGCGUGGUCGCUGCCUCUCACACCGCCUCGCCUGACCACAGUCCCAAGUAAUUUCAUCAUACGUACCGCAGAUUUUCAUAGAUGAAACCGUUUGGUGAAUUAGUCUGACAUGUGGCGUGUUACAAAUACAUUGAACCCCUUGUUACAA